UGUUCUGCAUGUGUUCCUUGUUGGUUUGACCCUGUCCAAGCGGUUGUGACAUGGCACUGUUCCUUUGAGCCAGCAACACGCCGAACUCUGCGCUCAAAGUUGCAAGUGUCAGAAUGAGUCCCUGCUGGCCAUGACCACCUCUCCGCCCGAGUCUGAGCUGGAUCAGCCUUCGACUCAAAGGCACCGGGGCUAUGCUCGGACCACUUCUUGCUCCUUCGGCUCGCUGCAUGAGCCGCCUGCUGCCCGCGCCUUCAAGUCCUUGUCGCAGGGCAUCCGUGGCAUCGCGAGGGCCCAGGUCAUUGUGGACCAAGGCCUGCCCCACAACGUGGACGUCGUGGCGUUGGUGCGACGCAUCGCCUUGACCCUGGCCUUCCCUGACACCUUCCAGAAGGCAACGCAGCUCCUCUUCGAGCGGUUCGCAGAGCCUUGCCCAGAGUCUGGAGAGCGAAGGCUGAGCGUGAAGAACGUGCCAGAGAUCCUGGGGCACUGGAACAUCCCCGAGGAUCAUUUGCCCAUCUUCUGGGCGCAGCUGCGGAAACAGGAUGCGUAUUUCGACUGCAAGGCCAUGCCAGACUGGAUCACCUUGAAGGAUGUGGAGGCAGUGCUUCUGAAGGUGCUACGUCGGGUGCGCGACAAGUACUCCAACAGCAAGGUGAGCCGAGAGCAAUUUGUCACGCAGAACACCAAGAAGUUCGACCAGGAGUAUGUGAUGCAGGACUCCUGUGGAAAGGGCUCCUUCGGCGAGUGCUUCUGGGUGUCCCACCGCGUGUCCAAGAUGAGACGGGUCUGCAAGCGCAUCCUGAAGGAGGAAACCAACGUGCCGGCCGAGGAAGUUCAAUCUGAGCUGGAGAUUCUUAAGAGACUGGACCAUCCCAACGUGCUGAGAGUCUUCGAGUGGUUCGAGCAGGAAGACAGCUUUUUGCUGGUCCUUGAGGCGGCGGAGGGCGGAGACCUGCGGCGGCUGCUGCUGAAGGAGCGGCAACAGCACUGCGACUUCCCGGAGGCGCAUCCGCAUCCGGCGCUGCAAGAAGCCCCGGUGCGCGCUUUGUUAGAGCAGGCCAUGCAAGGACUCGCCUACUGCCAUUCCACGAACAUCAUCCACCGCGACAUUAAGCCGGCGAACAUGCUCUUGGCCUCAGCCGACAUGGCCAAACCUCGGCUGUUGCUUGCGGAUUUCGGGGUGGCGGAGAUCUUUCAGGAGCAAGCUUCGAGCGGUGCCAUCAAGGGCUCCCUGGCGUACAUGGCGCCAGAGGUCUUUGCCAACGAGGUGUGCCCUUUGUCGGACGUCUGGGCGAUGGGCAUCGUGGCCUUCGAGCUGCUCUCGGGGGAGCGGCCUUACAAUGCCGAGAACCCCAUGGCCAUGUACGUCCAGCUGAGGAAGGCGGAGUGUAACGUGGAGCCGGUCCGAAAUGCCGCGUCCGAGGAAGCCGUG